UUGAUCAGUUUGUGUGCCACACUGAGGCCGUUGCAGACAUCAUAAUCCUGGUGGACGGCUCCUGGAGUAUCGGUCGGCUUAACUUCCGGCUGGUCCGCAUGUUCUUGGAGAAUCUGGUCAAUGCCUUUGAUGUUGGCAUCGAUAAAACAAGGAUAGGUCUGGCUCAGUACAGUGGGGAUCCCAGGAUAGAGUGGCAUCUCAAUGCUUUCUACACAAAAGAUGCCGUUCUUGAUGCCGUUAAGAACCUGCCGUACAAGGGAGGAAAUACUCUCACAGGCCUUGCGUUGACCUAUAUUUUGGAGAACAGCUUCAAGCCCGAGUCUGGCUCCCGUGUGGGUGUACCUAAAAUCGGGAUCCUCAUUACAGACGGGAAGUCCCAGGAUGAUGUCAUACCUGCGGCAGAGAGCCUGCGAAAUGCUGGGGUUGAGCUGUUUGCCAUUGGUGUUAAGAAUGCUGAUGAGAAUGAGCUGCACUCCAUCGCCUCAGAGCCAGGCGAAUCUCACGUCUACAACGUGGCCGAUUUCAACGUCAUGAGCUCCAUCGUAGGGGCUCUGACCAAGACUGUGUGUGAACAAGUGGAGCAGCAAGACAAGGACAUUAAACAGAAACAGAUACCAGAGACGACAGGAUCCCCACUUGAGCUGGUGACAUCCGAAGUCACGGCCCGGGCUUUUAGGGUUUCAUGGAGCCACGCCCCCGGAAACGUAGAGAAAUACAGAGUGGUUUAUUACUCUGCUAGCGGAGGAGAUCCACAGGAGGCGGUAGUGGACGGCAGUGAGACUUCAGUGGUGUUGCAGCAUCUCAGCUCUGUCACUGAGUACCAGCUGGCUGUGUUUGCUGUGUAUGCAAACGAGGCGAGUGAAGCUCUCAGAGGAUCAGAAACAACCCUAGCCCUUCCCUCAGUGACGGUCCUCCAGCUGUUCGAUGUGACUCACAGCAGCAUGAAAGCAAGAUGGGACAGUGUGGAUGGAGUCUCUGGCUAUGUGCUGCUGUACGCACCGCUCAGAGAUGAUGGAGACUUUACAGACAAGGAGGAAAAGUUAUCGGAUGCAGUGACAGAGCUGGAGCUGGAUGGGUUGAACCCCAGUACUGAAUANCAUCAGCUUCUUCGUUCACUCCCGGAAAAGUUAUCGGAUGCAGUGACAGAGCUGGAGCUGGAUGGGUUGAACCCCAGUACUGAAUACACCGUCACUCUUUACGCCAUGUUUGGGGACGAGGCCAGUGACCCCAUUACAAUCCAAAGAACUACAUUACCCCUGAGUCCUCCUAGCAACCUGCAGUUUUCUGACAUCACUCACAACUCCGCCCACAUCCGCUGGGAUGCCGUGCCCAGAGCGGUCAAAGGUUACCGCAUCCUGUGGAUCAAGACGGACGGAGGAGUCAAGAAGGAGGUGGAGGUGGGUCCUGUGAACUCCUACGACCUCAGUGAGCUGACGUCUCUGAGUGAGUACUCAGUGGCCAUCUCUGCCCUGUACGCUGAGGGCCAAUCAGAGCCGCUCACAGAUGGAUUCACAACCACCCCGGUUCCUGGUCCUUUGGAUCUUCGCUCCAAUGAUGUGAGCACAGAUAGCUUCCAGGUCAGCUGGGAUCACUCAGCCGAUGACAUCUUCCUCUACAGACUCUCCUGGGCCCCGUUCAUGGGUGGCGACACAAAGGAGGUGGUCUUGAGUGGAAGUGAUAACAGAUACAUCCUGACUGGCCUGAGCCCCUCCACUGAGUAUGAAGUUAUGUUGACGGCUGUGUUCAAAGACGAAUCUGAGAGUGACACCAUCUCUGUCAUAGAGACCACAUUGGUCAAGACGACAACAAUGUCUACUACAACAGCAGUUCCCGGUCCGGGGGGUCCGGAGGGUCCUCGGGGCCCCGGAGAUCCAGGGGUACCGGGCACGCCGGGGGUCCCCUUCAUCCCCGCUGGUCCUGGGAAACCUGAGUCUCCUCUGUCUCCCUUUCUACCGGGGAAACCUGAGUGGGGACGGACGAAGGACGGCGAGACGGGCAAAAGAAAGGCGGAGGAAUUUAGUCAGAAGGAGAAGGAAUUAUAG